AUGCCUAUCCGGCUGCAUACUUUUCUUAGUUCUGCAAGGCAUGUCAGCAAUUCAUCUGUGUUCAUUUUUCAGUUCAUUGCUUUCCAUCUUAGCCCACUUUUGAUUCACUUGUCCUAUUUUGUUAUCGUUGAUGUACUUGGCUUUGCUGCCUUGAUGGCGCUGAAGCCAAGCAACCCUAACUACAGUCCUCGCUAUGUCGAUAUAUUUUUCCUUUCGACAUCUGCAGUCACAGUUACAGGAUUAGCUACAAUCAAAAUGGAGGAUCUUUCUACCUCUCAAGUAGUUAUCCUAACUCUCUUGAUGUUGUUAGGCAGUGAGAUGUUUGUUUCCCUGCUUGGCCAUAUUCAUGAGUUGAGCAAGCAAAACAAGCAUGACCCUGAAGAUAGUAGAGUUAGAUCGGUUACCGUGCAAGAUGAGUCGCAGAUAGAAGAGGCAAUCCCGGUAACACCAUCAACUAAUACCACUAGCCUCAAGAAGGGUUGCCGCAAAUACAUAGGAUUUGUGCUGUUGGCAUACAUGGUCUUGAUUCUUCUUGUAGGUUCUCUAUUGGUGUUCUUGUACGUAGCACAUGUUUCAACUGCAAGAGAUGUGCUAACAAGGAAAAGCAUCAAUACCAUGCUUUUCUCCAUAUCAAUCACUGUCUCUUCUUUCACCAACGGAGGGCUGAUUCCGACGAACGAGAGCAUGGCGGUGUUUUCCUCAAACCAGGGCCUCCUCCUGCUACUCACUGGCCAGAUUCUUGCAGGCAACACGCUGCUUCCUGUGUUUCUGAGGCUGGUGAUAUGGGCACUGAGAGGACUAAGCAUAACCAGAGCUAAACCUGAAGAGUUGGAGUUCAUGAUGAACAACACAAAGGCCUUGGGUUCUAACCACUUGCUGCCUAACAAGCAGACAGUAUUCCUUGCAGCAUCGGUCGCUGCUCUCAUAGCCGUGGCCGUCACGUUUUUCUGCUGCUUGAACUGGGAAUCCGCAGUGUUUGCGGGGCUGACCCCCAAUCAGAAGAUCACCAACGCAUUGUUCAUGGCGGUGAACACAAGGCAGGCAGGGGAGAAUUCCAUCGACUGCUCCCUCGUCGCUCCUGCGGUUUUAAUACUAUUCAUCGCCAUGAUGUGCAUUCCAGCCUCGACAUCAUUUCUCUCACUGCAUGAACAUGCCGAGAGGGGCAUCACAGAACACAAGGAUGGAGCAAACAAGAGAAGACUGUCACUGAAUAAAAUGCUGUUUUCACCGCUAGCCUGCACCGCGGUGCUGAUAAUGCUGGUCUGCAUCACCGAGAGGAGAUCGCUCUCCGCCGACCCUCUCAAUUUCUCCACAUUCAACAUGAUCUUCGAGGUCAUAAGUGCGUACAGGAACGUAGGGCUGUCCACCGGUUACAGUUGCGCGAGGCUGCCGCACCCGGAGAAGCAGAGCGUCUGCCAGGACAUGCCGUACAGCUUCUCCGGGUGGUGGAGCGACCAGGGGAAGGUGGUUCUUGUCCUGGUGAUGCUCUGCGGGAGGCUCAAAUGCUUCCACAGGCAGAGGAGCUAGUCGGUUACGCCAACGCCGUCAAAUUUUCCGGCCAUUUUUCCUCGUUGUGCUCUUCAAUCCUGGUGUAAAUUCGCAAGAAAUUGG